GGGUAGAAAUUUCCGGGAAAUGUCUCGCGGUCUAUUUAUUCAAAAAAUGGAGGUGCAGAGAUUGUUAUUCAGCGGCCGACUGAACAAGUUUGCAGCAAAUUUCGACGGGAGUAAUUAACAUUUCUUAAUUUUACGUGCAACAGUCUUGUUUCUGCGUCAGAGCUUGUUGAAGCCUUCCAGCGCUAUCGUCUUUUCUUUUUAUUGUGCAGCAUCAACGAAUUAAGACGGAAAUGGCCCAGCGUAUCCAGUCAAGACCCGCCAUUCUAUUUUUAAUAUCCAGUUUGCUACUGUUUAACUCCUGCCCAUCUAGCGCAAACCGUGUCCAGAAAACAGCCGGAUAUGAAUGGCGGGCACCGGAACAAUCAGAGGCAAGUGACAGCCAAAUGUUGAGAAUGGUUAACAGUGACGUCACUAAAGAGAACGAGUACCCCUACAUGGUGGCGAUAAUCAAGUACGAUCCUGAAACCGAAUCUUACACAGACUUGUACUGCGGGGGAUCGUUGAUUAGUCCAUCUCACGUCUUGACAGCUGCCCACUGCAUGUGCGUUAACGACACCACCCAGAAAAUGAAAACGAACCAGUUCCAAGUCUUUUUGGGGGUCCACUUCUUCAACGAAACGACGACCGACGCCCAGUUGAGGAGAAAAGUCCGCAGGAUUAAAACCCACGAGAAAUACGAUCCCGACAACUGGUACAACAAUGACAUCGCCAUCCUGACGCUGGACUCGCCUGUCAAGUACACCAAGAAAGUCAAACCCGUUUGCUUGCCUCCGCAAGGAUCCAACGACCAAUACGAAGGCCGAAUGGCCAUCGUCAAAGGAUGGGGGGCUACGGGAGAAGAUGAAGGGGUUUCGGAAGUCCUCCUUCACGCCAUCAAGACCAUCAUCUCCAACUCGCAAUGUCAGAAAAUUCACGCAGAAGCCAAAAUCACCACCCGCAUGAUGUGCGCCUACCGACGCGGCAAAGACACUUGCCAAGGGGAUAGCGGAGGCCCAGUGGUGAUCGAAUCAAACGACCUGGACGAAAACAACACAAUCGACGCUACUAAUAAACCGGUUGGGAAUCGCAAAAAGGAUUGCCAAUGGAUUCAGGUCGGCAUCGUCAGCUGGGGAGACGGAUGUGCGAGAAAGGGGAUCCCUGGCGUUUAUGCUAGAGUGACGUCGUUCCUGCCCUGGAUCAAGAAAGAAAUGAUGCCUAUGAAAUCCAAAUUGAAGAAGAAUUCAUAUUUACGAUUGGACGCAUUCGAAAUAAUCAAUUGGAUUCUUUCUCAUCUGUUGUAUCAGCAACUAUCGUUGAGAACUGUCGUAUAAAACAAGCAAAGUCACGUCGAUUUUGUGAAUUAAUGAA